AUGGCCGCCCAACUCUCCAAUGGCGCCAAUUCGACAACCGCGAAGCCAACAUCUUACCAUGGCCUCCCGAUAGGAGAGCUGCCAAAGACAUGGACCUACACCUCCUCCCUCCCGCCCGACUCCAUCUUCCCGACCCCGGCCGACUCCCACAAGACCCCGCGCGACCAGAUCGCCCCGCGCGGCGUCCGCAAUGCAGCCUUCACCUGGGUCCGCCCCGAGACCGUCGAGAACCCGGAGCUCCUCGCCGUGAGCCCGGCCGCGAUGCGCGACAUUGGGAUAGAGCAAGGCGACGAAGAGACGGAGGACUUCAAGCAGACCGUCGCGGGGAACAGGUUACAGGGCUGGGACGAGGAGAAGCUCGAAGGGGGGUACCCCUGGGCGCAGUGCUACGGCGGCUUCCAGUUUGGGCAAUGGGCAGGCCAGCUGGGUGACGGGCGCGCGAUCUCUCUCUUUGAGACGACGAACCCCGAGACCAAGACUCGGUACGAGCUGCAGCUCAAGGGCGCCGGUAUCACUCCCUACUCGCGGUUCGCAGACGGGAAGGCGGUGCUGAGGUCGAGUAUCCGCGAGUUCGUGGUCUCCGAGGCGCUCCAUGCGCUCGGGAUCCCCAGCACCCGCGCGCUCUCUCUGACACUCCUGCCCAACGUCAAGGUCAGGAGAGAGACGGUAGAGCCGGGCGCCAUCGUGCUGCGCUUCGCACAAUCCUGGAUCCGUCUGGGCAACUUUGACCUCCCCCGCGCAAGAGGCGACCGCGCCAUGCUCCGCAAGCUGGCGACCUACGUCGCCGAAGACGUCUUUGGCGGCUGGGAGAAGCUCCCCGCCCGCCUCGAGAACCCCGAAAAGCCCGCCGAGUCUUCUCUCGAACAGCCUGCGCGCGGCGUCCCAUCGACGGAAAUCCAGGGGCCGGACGACGCGGCCGAGAACCGCUUCACCCGGCUCUUCCGUGAGGUCGCCCGCCGCAACGCCCUCAUCGUCGCCAAGUGGCAGGCCUACGGCUUCAUGAACGGCGUGCUGAACACCGACAACACCUCCAUCAUGGGCCUGAGCAUCGACUUUGGUCCCUUCGCGUUCAUGGACAACUUUGACCCGGCGUACACACCGAACCACGACGAUCAUCUCCUGCGGUACAGCUACCGCAACCAGCCGACCAUCAUCUGGUGGAACCUCGUCCGCUUCGGUGAGGCGCUGGGCGAGCUCAUCGGUGCAGGAGCCGGCGUGGACGAGGAUACCUUCGUCAACGACGGCGUCGAGGAGAGCCAAUCCGAGGAUCUCGUCGGCCGGGCCGAGAAGCUCAUCAUGCAGGUCGGCGAGGAGUACAAGGCGCUCUUCAUGGCUGAGUACAAGCGUCUCAUGACGCAGCGGUUGGGCCUCAAGAACUUCAAGGAAAGCGACUUUGACGAGCUGUUCAGCGGUCUGCUGGAUACCAUGGAGACCCACGAGCUGGACUUUAACCACUUCUUCCGCCGCCUCAGCUCCGUCAAGUUGUCGGACGUCGCGGACGAAGACACCCGCCGUGAGACGGCCGCGCGCUUCUUCCACAGUGAGGGCGUGACGGCUGGCGAGGAGUCCAAGGGUCGCGCUGACGUCGGCAGCUGGCUGGAUAAGUGGCGCGCCCGCGUUGUUGAAGACUGGGGCGAGGAUGGCCAGGAUGCCGAGCGAGAGAAGGCCAUGAAGGCUGUCAACCCUAACUUUGUGCCGCGUGGCUGGGUGCUUGACGAGCUUAUUAAGAGGGUUGAGAAGGAUGGUGAGAGGGAUGUUUUAAGAAGGGUUAUGCAGAUGGCGCUGCACCCCUUUGAGGAGAGCUGGGAUGGUAAGGAGAUUGACGGUCAGGAGUAUAAGGGUGAUAAGGCGGAGGAGGAACGUUGGGUUGGCGAUGUGCCCAAGUUGAAGAGGGCUAUCCAAUGCAGCUGUAGCUCAUAG